AUGGCCAUCUCUAUCAAAGACGCUCUCACUAAGCUGGAUGAUCGACGCGUGAAGGCCAUCAGGCCGCUGAUCCCCCCUCAAAUUUUGCAGGAGGACCUUCCGCUGACCCUUGCCGCUGCCCAGACCGUUCUCGAGGGCCGAAAAGCAACCGAGGAUAUACUGCACUCAAAUGAUGACCGACUGCUGGUGGUCGUAGGACCAUGCUCUAUCCAUAAUGUUGAGUCCGCCCUCGAGUAUGCUCGCAAGCUCCGUGAGUAUGCCGCUGAAGUCAAGGACGACUUGCAUAUCAUCAUGCGCGUAUACUUUGAGAAGCCUCGGACGACAGUCGGCUGGAAGGGCCUCAUCAACGACCCCGACAUGAACGGCAGUUUCCAGAUCAACCGCGGACUCCGCAUUGCACGGACCCUCCUCUUAGAUAUCGCGAAAAUGGGACUCCCUGCGGGUUGCGAAUUCCUGGACACUAUCAGCCCGCAGUACACCGCUGAUCUCGUCUCGUGGGGAGCCAUCGGUGCUCGGACGACGGAAUCACAGGUUCACCGAGAACUCACGUCUGCGUUGUCCAUGCCCACCGGCUUCAAAAACUCGACUGACGGAAGUGUCGGCAUUGCCAUUGAUGCUUGCCGCGCUGCAAGUCGGCCGCAUGUUUUCCUAAGCGUCGGCAAGGGCGGUCUGAGCAGUAUUGUCGAGACAGAGGGCAACCCUGACGUUCAUGUUAUCCUGCGGGGAGGAUCGCAGGGGCCGAACUAUUCUGCGGAGUACGUGCACGAUUGUGGUGAAAAACUGGCGAAGGCAGGCUUUGCCCAGCGAAUCAUGAUUGAUUGCAGCCAUGGAAACAGCUCAAAGCAGCACCGAAAACAAAUUGAGGUCGCAGAUGACAUCGCAAAACAACUGGUAUCCGGCGACACAUCCCUCAUGAUCAUGGGCGUGAUGAUUGAGUCGAAUCUCGUCGAGGGCCGACAGGACAUUCCAGUGUCAGGCCCUUCGGGCCUGAAAUAUGGCCAAUCCGUUACAGACGCGUGUCUCUCAUGGGAGCAGACGGUGCCGGUGCUGAAUCGACUACGGGAAGGUGUACGAGGCAGGAGGGAGCUGAUUUAUAAAAGAGUAAGAGGCCUCGACGCCACUCCAUCCCAGGUCAAUGGUGUCAAUGGUGCGCAGGCGUGA